AUGUUCAAGCGCUCGCGCUCGUCCAGAGCAGGCGACCGCGUGGAGAAGACAGUCAAGAUGAAGAAGUCGUGCCGGGGUCCAACGCAGCUGGCGAAAUUGCAGAAGUCGUUCGAUCAGAACCCGCCCGUCGGGGGUAAUCUGACCUCGCCGAUUGUGACGUUUGCCGUCGGCAAGGAGGGACGACUAUUUGCCGCGCACGAAGAUGUUCUGACCAUGUCGCCGUUCUUUGCGGCGGCCUGCAAGGGCCAUUUCCGUAGCGGGAGCAAGAGGAUCAAUCUCCCAGACGAGGAGGCAGAGAUCUUCUCCUGCGUUCUCGAAUACCUCUACAAGGGCGACUACUACCCCCGCUUGCUUCACAACAAGCGCAGGAACUCUUGGGAACUCGAGGACGCGGCGUCAACCCCAAACCCCGAAAACAACACAGGUGGCCGCGGCUCCGUCGAGGCUACAACGUAUAUAUCCAGCGUCCGCGAGUACCUUCUCAAGGAUACAGUCAUCUAUUGUGCGGCGGAGAAGUACGGACUCGAGGAGCUCAAGAGCCUUGCCCUCAGAAAGCAGGGUUUGCAGAGUGGAAUCGAGGUCGCUACCAUCCUUCGCUCCGCGCGGUAUGCGUAUGACAACACCCCGGACACUGACCCGCGACUCCGCGCCCAUUAUCUCGCUUUGAUUAUCCGAUGUCGCAAGACGUUCAAGAGGAGCGGAACCAUGCAGACAGAAAUGGAAGGUGGUGGCAAACUUUUCUUUGAUCUGUUCGUCGCGCUCUGCAACCACGUCGAUGAUAUUCUGGAGAUGGGGAAUUCCAAAUCUCCCAAGAACGUCUAG